AUGUGGAGCGCGGGCCGCGGCGGGUCUGCCGGGCCGGUGCUGUUGGGGCUGCUGCUGGCGCUCUUAGUGCCGGGCGGUAGUGCCGCCAAGACUGGCGCGGGGCUCGUGACCUGCGGGUCGGUGCUGAAGCUGCUCAAUACGCACCACCGGGUGCGGCUGCACUCGCACGACAUCAAAUACGGAUCCGGCAGCGGCCAGCAAUCGGUGACCGGCGUGGAGGCGUCGGACGACGCCAAUAGCUACUGGCGGAUCCGCGGCGGUUCGGAAGGCGGGUGCCCGCGUGGGUCCCCGGUGCGCUGCGGGCAGGCAGUGCGGCUCACGCAUGUGCUUACAGGCAAGAACCUACACACGCACCACUUCCCGUCACCGCUGUCCAACAACCAGGAGGUGAGUGCCUUUGGGGAAGACGGCGAGGGUGACGACCUGGACCUAUGGACAGUGCGCUGCUCUGGACAGCACUGGGAGCGUGAGGCUGCUGUGCGCUUCCAGCACGUGGGCACCUCUGUGUUCCUGUCAGUCACGGGUGAGCAGUAUGGAAGCCCCAUCCGUGGGCAGCAUGAGGUCCACGGCAUGCCCAGUGCCAACACGCACAAUACAUGGAAGGCCAUGGAAGGCAUCUUCAUCAAGCCUAGUGUGGAGCCCUCUGCAGGUCACGAUGAACUCUGA